AUGGAACCACGAAAACGAGGCCGUCCCAGGAUGGACGCCAGGCUGGACAACUGGUCCGAGGUGCGGGAUAAACGAGAACGUAGGAUACAAGAUCGACUGGCUCAACACGUGAGGCGCACUUGUCUUCUGUCUCAGAAUGCCAGAGCCGUUUCACGUACCAGCGAAAUCCUCGAUUCUUUUGACAGCAAUGAGCAUCAUGUCCUCACCGUCUCGCGUCGUGCGGCACCCCCGGUGAGGGAAUUCUUGGACCUGCUGUCAUCGCCAGGUGAUACCCUGGAGACAUCCUCCGAGGACUCUUGUGCCGAGUUGCGACGGGCGACGUGGGAUCCACACUCGUGGCGACUGGAGCCGUCAUUUUCUCGCAAAUGGGGAUACCUUUUCAAUUAA